AUGAAGCACCUCCACCGUGUCGUUCUUGCGCUCUUCCUUUCCGUCUGGCUUGCGCUGGUCCUGGAGGUUUACUUUGCGACCAAGAUCCCGGCCAAAUUGAACACUGCUGUGCUGUUGAUCCUUUUCUGCUCCUCGGUGAAGUUCCUCGUCUGCCUGCUUCUUCUAGGACAGAUUAUAAUGGAGGAUUGGAAGAUUGAGCGGGAGGCUGCGGUUAGAGAGCGUCGACGGGCAGUUUUGGAUGUUGUUUUAGAGGACAGUGAUUGA